AUGAUCGGUAAUCUGGACCUGGAAAUGUUCUGGACUUACCGAUGCCUGAAGACGGAAGGCGCGACCCGCCUUCUCUCGAAGAAGCUACUUCGGCAGCUCCUCGAUCUCGUUCAGCUCCAUUUGCGAACCAAUGAUCAUAUGGUUCGCGAACUGAACCGUCUUCGACGGACAGGCCAGGGUGACGGGAUCGGCAGGCUCCUCGUCGUUGUCAGCAGCGAAGAUGGCCAGAGUCGGCUCGGCCUGCCGUCCGCGUUUUGGGGCUGGUUCGGCAUCUAG